AUGGACCACCGCGCAGCCCCUCUCCUCCCUCCCCUCCUUCUCCUCCUUCUCCUCCCUUCUAUUACGGCCCAGAAAGUCCACCAAAUCAGUGGGAUCGUCGCGACAAUGGACCGCUCUCUUUCGGAUGGGGACAUAGAACUCGCGAGGCGCCUAUCUCUGCAGGCUGAAGAGGAAAGGCUUGCGGAGCAGCGGGCUAUAGAUCUGAGUCUGGCUGAGCACCUGCAGUUCGAACAAAUCAAGGAAGCAUCACGCCGCAUGGCUGCGCCCCCUGCGUAUGAACCAAGAGAAGUGCAACCUCCUGAUCGCGGGCCAAGCGGCAUGCACUCCGACGAUGGCAAGGGAAAAGGUAGGAUGUAUGGAGUGUACAGCAUGCCCGAGCCGGAAGUUCAAUGCGGAAUCUGCUUCGACGAUAUGCGCAUUACCAACUCUCCAAUCGCAGCGUCUGCUUCUGCUAACACAUCCGACGCGCUUCCGUUUGGUCUUCGCCUGCCAUGCCCCGCCGAGCACCAGUACUGCAUCACCUGCUUGACGAGGCAUAUUAUGGAGAAGCUCGAUCCCCAACAUAACGGUCGCGGUGCUGGCGCAGACGCCACCGUCUUCCCAAUCCCCUGUCCUGGCUGCGCCACUGAGCAAGGCGCUCCCGCAGCGGAGAUACCGGACGACGUCGCGCGUCGGAUCCUCACUGCAGACGAUAUGCGGCUGUGGGACUGGCAGAAGUGGGUCGAGAACGCGGAGUUCAAAAUGUAUUGCCCCAAUCCGUCUUGCUCGGCGCUGAUAUUGGAAGCGCAAGGUCCCAAGGCCAAGUGCUGGAGCUGCGGCCAGAAGGUUUGCGUAGCUUGCAAGGCGCCAUGGCACAAAGGCGCUACCUGUGAGGCUCAGCAGAUUUAUCGCUUACUUGCCACCGUUGAGCAGCGUAACUCUAAGGACGAGGACAGGAAGUUCUUCGAGCUAGCUAAGGCUAAAGGAUGGCAGCAAUGCCCCAAGUGCAAGCGCAUGGUCGAGCUGAAAGAAGGUUGCAACCAUAUGACUUGCCGGUGCAGCGCAGAGUUCUGCUACAAAUGCGGAUCGUUCUGGGACGUAUCGGCGGGCCGCUGCACAAAGCGCAACCCAUCUUGCACCUUUGCCGAUGAGUACCACGUUGUCAACGAACCUGACGACACUGGAGACGCUCGUCCGGGCGGUCAUCCUCAGUUUCCGGCUGGCGCUCCUUAUUAUCCACCUCACGCUCCCCAAUAUGCAGCUUACGCUCCAAACACACCGGGUUCCGCCCAAGGCUACGCCCGACACACAUUUUUCAUCCCGCCGGACAGCCCUCCCUUCAGUCCUGGUGCUCCGGUUGUCCCUAAUGCCGCCCCGCCCAGUCAAGGCCCGCCCGUUAUCCCCUUGGACGGUUUCUACAACGUCUAUCGGCCCGCUGAAUCGCCCUUCAUUCCUCACCAGAUGUAUGAGCAGCCGAGAUAUUACUAUGGUUAUGGGCCCGCACCACCCCCAUGGUGA